AUGGAAACAGCAAGCUGCAGCAGCAGCAGCAGCGAUAGUACCGUUAAACCGGUAGAGCAGCCGCCAGAUGACGACGAGGUGGACAGGUCCAUGUUGCGGUCCGACAGUGGGAGUGGAGAUGAUUCCCUGGACGGCCUCCUGAACCGUGUCCCCCGCUGCCCUUUGACCCCGUCUCUGUCACCUCGGAAACGGACCACGAGCCAGUCCAAGUCGGAGCCUCCGCUGCUGAGGACCAACAAACGCACCAUCUACACCGCCGGCAGACCCCCGUGGUACAACGUCACCGGGACCACCUUCAAAGAGGCCUUCGUUAUCGGUCUGUGUGGGGGAAGUGCUUCAGGUAAAACCACGGUAGCCAAUAAGAUCAUUGAAGCGCUGGACGUCCCCUGGGUGGUUCUGCUCUCCAUGGACUCUUUCUACAAGGUGUUGAAUAAAGAGGAGCAGGAACUCGCGGCUAAGAACGAGUAUAACUUCGAUCACCCCGACGCGUUUGACUUCGAGCUGGUGGUCACCGUCCUCAGGAAGCUGAAGAAAGGGAAGAGCGUCAAAGUCCCCGUGUACGACUUCACGUCUCACGGCAGACGCAAAGAAUGGAAAACGGUGUACGGGGCCAAUGUGGUCAUCUUUGAGGGCAUCCUGGCGUUUGCCAACAAGGAGCUGCUGAAGCUGCUGGACAUGAAGGUGUUUGUGGACACAGACUCUGACAUCCGUCUCAUACGGCGGCUGAAGAGGGACAUUUCACAGCGCGGCCGGGACAUCAGCGGCAUCAUCAAACAAUACAACACGUUUGUGAAGCCUGCGUUCGAGCAAUACAUCGAGCCCACGGUGCAGGCUGCGGACAUCGUGGUGCCCAGAGGCGGAGAAAACUUUGUAGCUCUGGAUCUGAUUGUUCAGCACGUUCACAGUCAGCUGGAGAAGAGGAAGCUCCGCUGGGAUAUAUCGGCUCUGGCCUCGGCUCACCAGGGUCAGCCGCUACCCAAAACCCUCAGCGUGAUGGAGAGCACGCCUCAGGUCCGCGGCAUGCACACCAUCAUCAGGAACAAGGAGACGAACAGGGAUGAGUUUAUCUUUUACUCCAAGAGAUUAAUGAGGCUCCUGAUAGAGCACGCCCUCUCCUUCCUGCCUCUCAAGCCGGUGUGUGUGGAGACGCCUCAGGGUGGCAACUAUAACGGCAAGAGACUGAGCGGGAAAAGAAUCACAGGCGUCUCCAUCCUGAGAGCCGGGGAGACGAUGGAGCAGGCUCUGAUGGCGGUGUGCAAAGACAUCCGGCUGGGAAAGAUCCUCAUCCAGACCAACCACGACACCGGGGAACCGGAGCUUCACUACCUCCGUCUGCCCAAAGACAUCACGGAGGAUUACGUCAUCCUGAUGGACAGCACCGUGUCCACCGGAGCGGCUGCCCUCAUGGCCGUCAGAGUGCUGCUGGACCAUGAUGUGGCGGAGGAUAAGAUCUUCCUCCUGUCGCUGCUGAUGGCGGAGAUGGGCGUGCACUCGGUGGCCUACGCCUUCCCUAAAGUGCGCAUCAUCACCACGGCCGUGGACAAGGAGGUCAACGACCAGUUCCACAUCAUCCCCGGCAUCGGUAAUUUUGGAGACCGUUACUUUGGCACCGACGCUCCGUCAGACUGGUGUGAGAGCGAUGAAGGGAUGGACUUCUGAGGGGAGUACAGAGGGUUGUUACAGAAGCACUUACAGCCAUUUAAACCGUUUUUAAAAGAGACUCUCCUUCAUCCCUCGCUGUAAUGAACGGCUUCCUGUUCACCAGAGAGGCGUUCACUGUCAGGUCAGUCGGAGAGAUCAGUGGAGGUUCCCAUUUCCUGCCACUCGAGUUUACAGAAAGUUCAAAGGGGUCGAAGUGUUACCCGUCCCUCUUGUAAUUAUUCCAGAGCCAUCUCAAACGUAAUGCUACAAGUUAAGAGAAAUGCUUGAAUAUUGUGUACAUAAUGUCAAUGCCAAUAAUGUUUGUCUUUGUUGCUGAAGCUUCGGAGUUAAUGCUUGAAGUAUAAGUACUGGAAGAAGCUUAAAGGGGCCCUAUCCUGCAGAUGUACUGUCUCUACUGACAUGUCUCCAUGCUUUAAUCUUCAAAAAGCUCCUCUUUUGUCCCGCCUCUUAGCCUAUCACGUGCAAUGUGUUGGAGCGCUAGCCAAUUAGAAGUGCCAAUGUUACAUAGUGGAACUUUGAGAUUUUAGCCUUUGCAGACCAUUCACAUGCAUUUAAACCUAUAACACACUACAGGAAAGGGAAAACUUGAAAAAGCAUAGUAGGACCUCUUUAAAAAUCCUCAAGUUUCUUUCAGGAUUUUGCACAGCGAGUAUCUCUGCCUUCAAACACCGUUACCUGAAGAGCUGGGAAGAAUUAGCAAGAGCUACAGUCAGGUUUAAUGCUAGAGUAGUCUAUCCUGCGACACACUAAACAAUAACAACCAUACAGACUAUUAAACAUUUGGAAAUGUGUUCUUACUUUGAAUCUACUCCUUAAAAGUUAAAAGCAUUAUGCAUUAAGGAAUCAUUUAAGCUUUAAUUCCCAUUUGCAUUUCUAGCUACAUUUUAGAUGUGAAGACACAGGCUUUGAGAGUCUGCAAAUGUUUUGUAAUGUACCUUUUUAAAAUGCUUGAAUACCGCUUACAUGUUGCUCCUAUAAAACUGUAGGAAAACCUGAAUCAUUGCACAAAAACAGAAGAAUAACGCCUCGUGUUUUACGAAGAGUCGCUAUCCCAAGUAUUGUAUAUUUAGGGGAUGAAGGGUCCGGGGUCAUGGAGGUGUAACACCAUUUGUACUUGACGGCGUCCUGUGUGUUUAAUUUAAAACCUUGUGUGAGAAUCAUUCAUGCGUCACAGCUUUGAUUUAAUGAUGCUAGUACUGUAUGUUAUUGUCUCAGGCUACCUUCCCUGCAGAGGAACAACAACUUUACUUGAAGAUAAUUAACGGAAGACUGUCAAAUAUUAUUGAUUAUUGUUUUAGCUAUUUUGUUUUCAACCAUGCUCAGAAAAACCGGUCAUUGUAUUCAUUGUUACUCAAAUAAUUUCAGUCAGAUGUAGCUGUUAUUUAUAUCAGUUCAUGGCUCUGUAUUGCAUUGCUUUUCAACUGUGUGUAGAAACGCUCUCUGUGGCCUUAAACCACUUCUUUAGUUCACAAAAUAAUUCAUAAUUUAAUGGACCAGGAGACCAAGUGGCAAGUGUUGCUGCUAGGGAUCAAGUGUCUUGAUUUAAAACCGCAGCAGCAGCAGCAGCACUUGUGUUUACAUCAGAUCGUUAUAUUCAAAUUAAACAAAGUCUCAUUUGUUGUGUUUUUCUGAAUUAAAUGCAGAAACUGACCCGUGUUGGGACUCGUA